GGGAAAAGGAUCAGGCAAUCGGUGGUUCCUCGUUCGCUUGACUUGUUGACUUUAGGCAUUCAACUCCUCCGUCGUCCUCCUCCUCGUCUUCCAUGGCGUCCGCCGCGAUCGGCCGGGCCUCCCUCCCCUUGCUGCUGUCGGCGAUCGUCCUCCAGUGGGGCUUACUCCCUCUCUCCGUCGACGCGAGGCCCUGCAAGACCCUCCUCAUCGCCUACUCCUUCUCCUUCACCGGGAACCCCGCCUCCCUCCGCCACCACCACCACCCCCACAUAAGCCACCGCGACCACCCCUUCCCGGCCGUCGAUUUCGCGAGGCCCGGCCUCUCUUCCUCCGAUCCCGCCUCCUCCUCGUCGGCGGAGCUCAUCACGAUCUUCGACGCCUCCGAUCGCCAGUUCGAUCCCAGGCCGGCCUUCCUCAUAUUCGAUCGCCGCGUCUUCCCUUCCCGAGAGCUGGACCUGCCGCGCCCGCAGCUUCCGCAGCGGCGGCAGCGGUCGGUGCCCCGGGGAAUCUUCGAUCUGAGCUCCCUGCGCGACCGCACGGUGGACAUCCUCAGCGUCGUCGUCGCCUUGCUCUUCGGCGUGGGUUGCGGCGCCCUAACCGCGGCCACCAUGUACCUGGUUUGGUCUCUCUUCGCCAGCCACCGCGGCGAUGAUUUCCAGGAGGAGUCCGAUGAUGAUGAGGUUGCGAGCCCUAAGAAGAUGGGUUAUGUCAAGAUUCCUGCUGCAGAUGCCUUCCCAGCCCCAACCAAAGCCUAAAGCCUGUAGUCGCUGUUUGAACAGUUACCUAUUAUCGUUUGAAUAAAUCGUGUGGUGUACUCUGUCUUCAGUCUUGUUGUGUAAGUUCCGUGCGUCUAUUCUGGAUUAUUGAUGCUUUACUCGGAAAGACUAUCACUUUGUUUUUAGAUAUCUGUCCCUAACUUGAUCGCCCGAUUUCGGGUCUUAGUGUAGCCAGCAAUUAAGUUAAAGCAUCGGUUGCGUUUUA